UUAUGCAGCAAACCAGUUUGCAACGCACAAGCUCUACACACUUAAUAAUGCCUCUACUAUAUAGUAGGUACCUCUCAGCUACCUUGAUGGCUUGAUGUAAGUAUGAACAAGCGAUUCGAGCCAAAACAAAUUAAAACUGGUCGACUUAAUGUCAACUAAAUUGACAGACUACUUAACUGUGCCUUGCAACUGUAAAUUAGUAUUAUCUGUAAGGCCGAAGUGUGACAACCGUUGCAAUGGAAUCUAGUAAUAUCAAUAAUCGCCAACUACGACCCCCGACAUCAGCAUCAUCAACAACUCGAACGGCACAAAAAAGUACCAUCAAAGUGAUUAUUUGUCUGGCAAUUUGCCUAAUUUGUCUGCAAGAUAUCAUCUCCACCUGUCAAGCCGUCGUCGAAGGCGGCAAUGAUGAUCACAAAAAUGUUACGAAAUCGGCGUGUAAAUCGGGCGAAUGUGUCGCAACCAGUUCGUGCCAAAUUUUGAGGUCAGCCAUGAGUCUGCAGAGUAUUUCCAAAGAAGUCAUCGACAUCGUCAAACAACAACGAUGCGGAAACAGAGAAAGUCGCAGCGUGUGUUGCAGUGAUCUGGCGCUGGAACUAGUGAGCAACAACAUUCUGGCAAACGUGACGGACCCGAACAGCACGCGUGCUCUAGUUCAGCUGAUGACGACACCGUGCGGAAUAUCGGAUAGUUCGAAUCGCAUUCUAAAUGGAGAGACAGCUUUUCUCUUCGAGUUUCCAUGGAUGGCUUUGCUGGAGUUUAACACUAGCGUAGGGCGUAGUUUUAUGUGUGCUGGAUCGCUUAUUAGUGAUCGAUAUGUUCUGACUGCUGCACAUUGCUUCGUUGCUACUAAUGCACAAUUAGUGAGUGUGCGAUUGGGGGAACAUGACACGAGUAAGGAAAUCGAUUGCGAAGGCUAUGGGGGCGAGUUUGACAGGGAGUGUGCACCUCCGGUUCAGAAUCACAAGAUUGACGAUGUCAUCAUACACAAUGAUUUUCGAUUGGGCAUAUUUGCCAAUGACAUUGCUUUGAUAAGACUUCAAACUAAAGUUGCAUAUGAAGAUACGGUAAUCCCAAUUUGUUUACCAAUUUCCAAGGACCUAAUAAGGAAUCUGGAUAGUGCUACUGUCGCUGGAUGGGGACUAACUGUUACUGGAAACACUUCUAAUGUUCUGCAAAAGGCACAGCUGCCAGUUCUUGCAAAUGACUAUUGUGGCAAACUAUUUGCGAGAAACUUCACCUCGGCACAUAUUUGUGCCGGAGGACGCCAAGGAGUGGACACAUGCAAAGGUGAUGCGGGUGGACCAUUGUUCGCACGAACUGGCAGUUAUUUUCCAAAGUUUGUUCAGUAUGGAAUAUUAUCUGGCGGCGGGAUGGCUUGCGGUGGGAAUAGUACGAUUCCGAGUAUUUAUACAAAUGUUGUAGAUUAUGUGCCGUGGAUUAUUAAAAAUAUUAGAAUUUAUUUUAAAUCAACACGAUCUGCGGAGUUUGGUAACCCUAUUGCUGUUUUAAUCGCUUAG